UGCUCUAGGCUACCGCCUAGCUUGCCUAUGCCUAGAAACGGUACUGGUCUGACAUAAUCUCUCUUUCUCUCUAUUUGUGACUAUAGAUCUACAUUUAUUCAACACUUUUUUUGUCCUACAGGCGCUUUAAAUAUUUAAAAUGAGGCCCUUUACCAAGGUCAGGCCGCAUGUGGUGCAAAUCACGAUCGGAUGUCAGCACUCUGCACCUUUCAAGCUCGAGGCAAUAGCUCCUGAUUGCUAAUACCCUGUUUGUGCUGUUUUAGAAUGGUAAUUUGGUAAUUUAGCAUAGCCACAAGCACUCACUGCGCUGUAACGCCUCGGUGAGAGGGAGAAAUAAAUAGCAUAAAAUCAAAUGAAAUAACAUGAAAAAAUCAGGAAGAGCCAGUGUUUAGGGCUCAUUACUUCUCCACUCCUGCAGAGGGUUCUGGUGAGCCUAAAUGAGCAAAAUAAAAUCAACAUCUCUCUCUCUCUCAAUUCAAGUCAAUUUUUCAAUUCAAAUGAGCUUUAUUGGCAUGACUGUGUAACAUCACAACGUUGCCAAAGCAAUAAAUAUAUAAUACAAACAUACAGAUAAAUAAAAUCUAGGGGAAACACAUAUACAUGUCCAUAUUAUACACAUGUAAGUAAAUAAAAAACAAACAAAUAAGAAAUUACAAAAUAAAUGAAUACAAAGAGCAGUUAUAAAUGGAAAGGAGGGAUCAUCCUUUUUCCCCUCAUUUGAUGGCAGGAGGAUACACUUUUCCUUUUCUCCCAAAAUAUAACAGAGUUUGCUUGCAUGCUUGAACUCUUUUGUUUGAAAUAGGCGUCUCUAAAAUGUUUAUAUUUGCUGCACUUUGUGAGGAAGUGCAGCUCGUCCUCUAUAAGUCCCUCUGUGCAGUGAGAACACAGUCUGAUUUCUCUGGCUCUCCAGCUCUGCUUGUGUCGGCCCGUCUCCACACACACACUGAGCUCACUCAGACGAUACUUCGUCAGCAGCUUUCUCUGACCAUAGUUUUUAAUACUGCUCAGGAAGAUCACCUUUAACGACUGGGAAGUGUAGAACAAUGCUUUUCAGUGACAUGCUAAUUGUUGGGCCGGUCUUUUGCAUACAAACAUAAUGGACCACAAAUUGACUUCUGUCACGUCACUUCAGUAGCUCCGACAAUUAAAACCUCAGGUGGGAGAAAUUGCACGGAGAAACAAAGAGAAAGUAGAUGACAGAGAGGAGGGAAAAUUUGUCUGACAGAUUAGCAACAUAAUAGUUUUAGCUGGCUUGCCUGCUGAGUUUGGCUUUUCUGAAAUCGCAGAACAAAGUGACCACGAUGAAGCAUCUUGACAGCCAGUAGUUACAACCAUUCUCUAAUAUAGAAGAAUAUCUGACACUGUGUGCGUUUGAUAUCUGUUUGAUUUAAAUGGACCCAUGAGUCACAUGCCAGUGAGCAAUUGAAUAAAACAGAAAUUAAGAGCUUUUGCUUUUCCAAAAUUAUAAUUUGAGUUCAUCUGUCUUUGGUGCUGGAUCCUCUGACAAUGAAAUGAGAAGUUGUGCAGUUUGCAAAGUGUCAUCCUGAGAAGUGUCAUCUCACCUCACAACAUCAUGAUUUCUGAAUUUAUAUUUCAGGAUUCUGAUAAAAUUUCAUGAACUGGCUAACUUCCGAGUUUGAUGCUAAUGUUAAAAGUAAAAAUACAUUUUAAUAGUAAAUAAAUGCUCUAUUAAACACUGUUGCACAGUUACACAAAAUAAGUCACUCCUUUGAGUUCACCAAUCCAGUCACAGAAGAUUGUGACAUUUGUGUUAACUUCCUACAUGUUGCAAGUUCCUUUUUGCAUAAAAACAUGACACAUUAUCACAAACACACAGACACAUCUUGAGUACAACGAAGUAGGAGAGAUAUUAGUUAGUUAGAUAUGACUUAUAGCUUUGUUUAAUACUUCACAUUUAUGCUUCAACGUUAAAAGGUUGUAGCCAUCCAAACCACGGUAAAUGUCUGGGCAUGUGAAUGAUGGUAUGGAUAAAGGUUCGAUAAUGGACUCAGAAGACAGAAUAGAGAAGAUGGUUGAUAUCUAUGUGAGUGCCGAGGCUGUAAGAGAUAUGAAACAUAAAGACAAAGAGGACUUUGACACCCAAACAACGAAAACCCAAACACCUCAACACACAGGAAGUGAUUCAGUGAGGAUCAGAAGCUCCAGAUCAGCUGCAGUGUGUUUGGUUCUGCUGUGUGUUCUUCUGCUGACUGCAGUCAUAGUGCUGUGUGUCUUCUUCACUCAAGAGAGACAACAGUUCAUAUCCAAGAACACAAACCUGACCAGUGAGAGAGAGCAGCUAAUGCUCAAGAACACAGACCUGAUCAGUGAGAGAAGCCAGCUAAUAUCCAAGAUUGAAAAUCUGACCAAUGAGAGCGAGCAGCUAAUACUCAAGAACACAAACCUGACCAAUGAGAGAGAGCAGCUAAUACUCAAGAACACAAACCUGACCAAUGAGAGAGAGCAGCUGAGAAAUGAACUUCAGGUUUACGUUGGGUGGACUUGCUAUCAAUCCAGUUUUUACUACAAGUCCAAUGAGCAGAAGAACUGGACUGAGAGCAGGAGAUACUGUACAGAGAGAGGAGCAGAUCUGAUCAUCAUAAACAACAGACAGGAACAAGAUUUUGUUAAGAACAUGUCUGGUGCUGCUAUAUUUUAUAUUGGUCUGACUGACAGUGAUGUGGAGGGCACAUGGAAAUGGGUUGAUGGCAGCACACUGGGCUCUGGUUUCAGCUCCUGGGCAUCCAAUGGACAAAUAACUGAGCCAAAUGGAGGAGGAUCAGAGAACUGUGCUGUGACUGUGGCUAUACCUCCACCAGAGUGGACUAAUUUAGUAGGGUGGCUUGAUGUUCCAUGUAAUAAAGCUUAUCAAUGGAUCUGUGAGAAGAGGAUUUCACAAACCAAACUGCCAUAGAAACAGCAGUAUUUCUCAACCUUGUACCCAGGAAAUACCUACAACUGCACAUUUUGAAUAUUUCCUUUGUCAGACACCCAUUUCAUCUGCUGGAGUUUCUUCUAAUGAGCGGAUGAGUUGAGUCAGGUGUGUUUCAUUAGGGAGACAAACAAAAUGUUCAAAAUGCGACUCCUGAAGUGUGUUUAAUUCAACCAGAAAUGUCUUGCAAGUGAACAUCACAGAGUAUUCUGCCAUAUAAGAGAGAUUCCAGUCUUCAGUUUUUAUUUGCACAUUAUUCAGUUAUACAUCGCCAAUCAUUGCAAGUCAUUUCAGUAGUUAACCGUCUGGGGUCUGAGGGGGUUUUGGGGCCCUGGAGAAGUUUUGACAUGUCCUGACAUAACAUUCUGCCUUUUUCAGUCUCUUAAAAAUAUAUUAAUGUCUAAAGUCUGAUUACACUGUAAUCAGCACAAACUGAGCUACAAUAAUAUGUUAGCAGCAUGAAAGUACUGUAGGUGGCCAACCAGAACGUGCUUUUUACCACCGUUAGCACUGCUGCUGCCGCCGCCGCCGCAUCUGCAAAAUGCAUUUGCAGCUUUUGACCGCUGAGUGGCACUUUAACCACAAGUUAUCAAGUGAACGCUUCAAAGUGCAUUUUCACAAAUAGCUGUCAGCUUUGCCUCGCAGAUGUGUUACUUUUGACUGCUGCAGUCAGCGGAAAAUGAUAGAAAAACACUGCAGGCCUAGAUAAAAUAUUUCAUAUUCACCCAUGCAAAUUUAGUACUUAUGAAGUUAUGUGCAUUUCUCAUUUAGAACAAAUUCAAGAAGGAUAAAUGUCAAGUCUAUGAGCCUGUGCUUAUAUUUACGCUAAGCUAAGAAUUACACCAUAUUUUAGAUUUGAAACAUUUAACUGUCACAGUACGUCGGAGCCAGGGAAACGAGGAGACGAGGAACUUCUUCAAACAUAGACUUCUAUUGAGCCAAACACAGGGAACGCUGGAGACACGGAACGACAAUCACAAAAUGACCGGACACAUAGAGAGGUAGGGAAGCAGAGAUCGGCGAACAAUAUCCAGAGGGCUUGACAAGAGGGGUAGUCCGAUAAUGUUAGCACUAAUCAAGGCAGGAGCGAACAGAGUGCAAAACUAAGACUAAAUAGAGAACCAAGGCAGGCUAUAAACUUCAGGGAUGGCAGAAUACAGGAAAUAAACGAGAUACACAGGCUACACUGCAAAAAAAAUGCUUUUCUUACUUAGAUUUUUUGUUUUGU